AUGAAGAGCUCCGCGUCUCUCUCCGUCCUGCUCCCCUUGGCAUACGUCGCCUCGGCGGCGGCAGCUAUCCCUAGCGGUCCAGCAAAGACAUACGCGGACUGCCAGAAGAAGACGUGCGACCCCCUCGAGGGCUGCCCUCCCGGCACCCUCUUCGUGAGCAAGGCCUCCGCCAAGGCCAACUUCACCACCAUCCAGGCCGCCAUCGCCUCGCUCCCCAACAACACGGACGCCUAUACCAUCCUCAUCGCCCCGGGGAACUACACCGAGCAGCUCAACGUCACCCGCCAGGGGCCGCUCACGCUCCUGGGCAUGACGGACCGGCCCGCCUCGGACCGCCUCUACGCCGACGUCUCCCUCAACACGACGGCCUCCAACCACAACGAGGUCCAGGUCUGGUGGAACGCCGCCAACCACGACGCCGUCUUCCCGGACAACGUCUACACCAGCGUGCUGACCGUCGGCCCGAACCUGAACGCCACGCUCACGGGAUCCGGGCCCACCGGCUUCCCCGUGCCCGCGGACACCCCGUUCGGGUGCUCCGACUUCCGCGCGUACAACAUCGACUUCAGGAACGACGAGUUCCCGAGGUCCAACGGUCCCGCGCACGCUGUCGGCGUGAGCAGGGCCAACGCGGGUUUCUACUCGUGCGGGCUGUACAGCUACCAGGACACGCUGUACGUUGGUAAGCUGGGCAACGCGUACUUUUACGACAACGUCAUUGCCGGCCAGACCGACUUCUUGUACGGGUUCGGCACGGCGUACAUCAAGAAGUCGACUCUGUCUUUGCGAAACUGCGGCGGCGGUAUUACUGCCUGGAAGGGAACAAACACCACCUUUGAGAACAAGUACGGAGUUUACAUUUCCGACUCUCAGGCCAUCGCCGCCAACUCAUCCAUCGCACCGGUCAUCAAGGGAGCCUGCCCCCUCGGCCGCCCCUGGAACGCGCAGCACCGCUCCAUCUUCAUGGAGUCCUACUUCGACGCGAGCAUCAAGCCUGAGGGUUACAUCCCAUGGGGGACCACUGACCCGCGCACGAACAACGUCACCUUCAUGGCCGUGUACAACGACAGCGGCCCUGGCUGGACGCCUGACCAGAUGGCUGCCGGCGGCGUCACUGUCGUGCUCAACGAGACAGAUGUCGAACCGUACAGGGAUCCCGUUGACGUGUUCCAGACGGAGGACGGAAAGCCGGGAUUCAUCUCGUGGAUCGAUCAGAGUGUAUUACGAUCAUAG